UACGCUUGGCAACGUUGCGACUUGUUCCGCAUCGUAGCCGCAGUGAGGCCGUUCCGUAAUAUAACACGAGUCUGUGGCCAGUCCGCGGGAGUUUGUAGCGACGUUUGUGCUAUCCGCAUCGUAAAAUGUUUGCCCGUCGAAGUAAUCCAAAGGUAAUCCAACUAUCGGAAACGCACGUGGUUGACGUUGAGAAAUUCAUAACUGAGGUGAAAAAGAAGCCAAUAGUCUACGACUGCAGACACGAUCUGUAUGGAGACAGAGGCGCAAAAACCAAAGCAUGGAACGAAGUUGCAGCGGCCAUAAUCGAGGAUUGGGAGCACAUGAACUCGGAAAUGAGAGAAACGAUGGAGAAAAAUUUGAGAGGCAAGUGGCGACACAUCCGGGAUUAUUUCACUAAAGAACUCAAAGCGCGACAGCUGGCAGCGGAGGGAGGUGUCAGGAAGAGGAAGCCAUACGCUUAUUUCAAAAAUUUAUCAUUCCUGCUGCCAAUAAUCGACGCUAGGAGGGGAAGAGCGAUAACCAAUGGGGAGGCAAACGAGUACAAAACGGAGGAAGUAAUGUGUGAGGAGGAUGCUGAGUCACUGGACGUUACUUACGAGGGCAGUCCACAGCCCACCGUAUCAUAUCUGAACCACUCAAAUGGGCCUGUGGCUGCCAAUUCACAUAUGAUUGAUCCCCUCUCGGAGACGUCCCUGGGGCCCUUUGAUAGCGACAUUCCCGAAGUUGUUUCCUCCCACAGUGGCCAGAGAGCUAUAACGCACGAGGAGGACUACGAGAAAAUGUUUCUCCUCUCACUAUUGCCCUCCCUUCGGCUAGUACCGGAGAACAUGAAGCUGCAAGUAAAAAUAGAUAUGCAACAGGUUAUAGCGGUUGCUCUGCGCAACAAUAACGCGAGGAGUGGGUCAUAGGUCGAUAUUUAUGGCACUUUGAUUACUUACGAGAUUCAAACAGGAAAAAUUUUCUAGAAUAAACUACCGUAUUCGCUAGGACAUUCUACUGGACCUUCAUUGGAAAUUCUACGAGUUUUUUGCCGAUUUUAUUGAGAAUUAAUAGAAUUUCAUCUUUCUAUUCAACUUAUUCCACUGGGAUAUUUUCUAUAAAAAUUUCUCGACAUUAAAUUUGCAAAUUUUUUUCGGGCUUCCUUAUCCUUCUGAAAUUAGCAAAAUCAAACCAGAAAAUUUAGGCCGAAGAAUCUCUCUGGAAAAUGUCUCAAUAGAAUAAGUUGUACGGAAAAAUCAAUUUCUAUUGAAUUUUCGUAUGAACUCUUUUCUAAUGAAUAUUCCUACUGAAAAAGCGCAAAUCCAAUAGAAUUUUGUAGUAAAUACGCUAGUUUGUCUAUUAAAUUUUUUCGUACGAGUUUUCAUGUUUUGUUUUCUCUGAUUAAGGAAAAAAAAAUGAACGGGUAGUGAUGACGCUCGCCUCAUCAUUUUUAUUUUGUAAGACUUUGAUGAUAAGUUCUCUUGUAAAGUUCUUAAUUAAAAAAUCUAUUAGAUAAUGCACAGUA